CCGGUUUGUAAAGAUCGCUUCGUUUGCAGCUCUUCAAAUCCAAUCUUUAAAAAAAAAUUAAAAAAGAAUAUAUCCAAUAUACAGAUUCUUUUUGAUAUUGUAUGUUAAGAAGAAAGUGUGGACAUGAAGCAUUCCAUCUUUGAUUGCAAUUCGUUUCGUCAAUUAACGGUCCACUUCGGUGGUGGUGGUGGUGUGAUGUGUGUGAAUAUAUAAAAGACAACAAAUUUUUUUAAAAGAAAAAUUGUAUUUUAGUAAAUAAAAAUUGCGUGCGCAAUUGACGAUCAUUAUGUGUGGAUCAUAACCAAUACGUCAUAAUGAAGAUUACAAAUAAUUAGUCAUUCAGUGAAUUAUGAAGUCUCAAUGAAUGACAUACGGACACAUAAAUAAGAUGAUAGUAUAGUUCAUGUAUGACAUAAAAAUAAGAUGAUGAUAAAAAAAGUACAGAAAAGUCUAAGAAAAUUAUGUGCAUAACUAGAAGAAAACGUAGAAGAAGAGGAAGAAGACGAUCUAAUUGAGGUGGUGGAGUGAAAUAAAAAUAAAAGUUUAUAGCACAUAAUAAGUGAAAAGAAAAUAAGAAAUUAGUGAUGAUAUAAUGUUUGUGACAAAUUACAUUGUGAAGCAUUUAAUAAAUACUAAUCAAAGAAAAUGCAAAUCUGUGAAAUGGAAGAGAAAAAAAGAAAUAAUGAUGUGUAUAGUUGAGGAUUAAGAGACUCGUGUCAUAAAUUAAAAUAAUAAUAAUUUUUUAUAUAUGAAAAAAGCAAAAGAAAAAUAGAAUCGUGAAUGUUUAUUUGUUCUGAAUGAUGACACAACGUUUGAAGCUCUUUUAUGGAUUAUUAGGAGCUGUUGUUGGUCUCUGCAUUGGAACAUUCUUAAAAAGCUUCAAUACUAUGGAGACACUCAGUCGAUGUGAUAUGUUUACUGUGCCAACUGUUCAGUUUAAAUCGCCCUUAGAUAUAAUUAAUUUAACUGCAGAAGAGACGAUAUUGAAUAGUCAAAGAAAUUUAGUGUUUGUCGGUGUUAUGUCAUCCAAAGAUUUUCUGGAAACGCGAGCGAAGGCUGUAUAUGAAACAUGGGGAAAAUCAGUACCCGGAAGGAUAGCAUUCUUUAGUUCAGAAGGUUCAUCAUGUGAUGAUCUUCCAGUCGUCGCAUUGCAUGGCGUCGACGAUCGUUAUCCACCACAAAAGAAGUCAUUCAUGAUGUUGCACUACAUGUAUGAGCAUUUCAUUGAUAAAUUUGAAUGGUUUCUUCGUGCUGACGAUGAUGUUUUCAUUAAGCCUGAUAAGCUUGAGAAAUUUUUGAGACGCGUCGACUCAACAAAGGCACAAUUCAUUGGACAAGCCGGUCGUGGCAACAAUGAAGAAUUUGGACUUCUCUCGCUGGAGUAUGAUGAAAAUUUUUGUAUGGGUGGUCCGGGUAUCAUCAUGAGUAGACAAACUCUAAAACGAGUCGCUCCACACAUUCCGACAUGUCUUAAGAAUCUCUAUAGUACACAUGAAGAUGUUGAAGUGGGACGAUGCGUACAAAAAUUUGCAGGCAUCCCAUGUACAUGGAAUUAUGAGAUGCAAUCAAUCUUUCAUCACAAUUCGAGUGGGAUUCGAGCAUUUUCUAGUAAUCUCAAGAAGAAAGAAGUUCACAGUGCCAUCACACUUCAUCCGAUAAAAAGAUCCCCACUAAUGCAUCGAAUGUAUGCUUAUUAUCUUGGACUGUUAUCACAAGAGCUGCGACAACAAUCCCUAUACUUACACCGAGAUAUUGCUCAAAUGAUUAGUCUAUUACAAAUUCCAAAGUCGCACCAUAUGUUAGCACACGGCGUUCCUUUAUUUCGUGAAAAUGAUAAUUUUAAUUUUUUAGAUGAUCAUGAUAUUCUAGGUAAUAAUCCAAGUCUGAACCGACACAUCCCAGAGAAUCUCAAAGAGAUAAUUGAAUGGGAUUUUCUUGCCAAAAGUAUUUAUUCAGCAGCACAUUCAAAUCCAAAACGUAAAAUGGAAUCGGCAUUGAAAGAGGGCCUUGACGAUGUGAUAAGAGAGAUUAUGGAAAAUAUCAAUACAUAUUCACGACAACGCGGUCGUGUAAUUGAAUAUAGAGAAAUUCUUUACGGAUAUUCACGUGUCAAUCCAAUGCAUGGACAUGAUUUAAUAUUAGAUCUUCUAUUAGUAUAUAAGAAAUAUCGUGGUAAGAAAAUGACAGUUCCAGUACGGAAGCAUUUAUAUGUUCAACGUUCGUUUACUGAGACUAGAAUAAGAGAAAUUGUUGAUGAUCCUGAAAUUGCUUAUCGUGAUUUUGUGCAAAACAACUCGACAAUCUUGAGGUUCACUGACAAAAUGAAGUCAAUAUUUAACGAAAAACUAAACAAAUUCAGUGAAUAUUACAGUUCACAGGGGAAGAGACCUAGAAUGCCAACCGAAUCCACUAAUUCUGAUAAAAUAAUCUUUGUCCUUCCACUAUCUGGACGGUAUGAGACGUUUUUAAGGUUUUUAAAUAAUUUCGAGGAUGUGAUUCUCCGCAAUAAUGAAAAUGUUGAUCUCAUAGUCUCACUAUUUAUUGAGAGCACAGAUCCAAAAGUAUCACUUCUGCUGCAAAUAGUUGAUGAUCUCAAUAGGAACUAUAGUCGAAGAGCAAUCAUCACAAUAAAGCUUUACGGUGAAUUCUCACGAGGUGUGGCAAUCGAUCGAGCAAUACAGUCAGGUCACAUAAAAGAUCAUGAUAUAAUAUUUUUAAUUGAUGUCGAUAUACUUUAUUCGUCAUUGACAUUGAAACGAAUACGUCAGAAUACGAUAAAGCAUAAGCAAGUCUACUUGCCAAUUGUAUUUAGUGAAUACAAUCCGGAACUCGUGUCAGCUAUUCCAACACCUCCAAAUAUGCAUUUAGAUAAUGAAAACUUUUUAUUUGACUACAGACGAAUGGAAAAAAAUUAUCAAUUUUAUGCAAAUCAAUCAACAAUUGUUAAUAAUGAGAGUGGAUAUUUCCGUGAAUUUGGAUACGGUCUCGCAUCCAUUUAUAAAUGUGAUAUAAUGAAUAAUAAAAUUAAUGGAUUUGUAACUGAUAUAAAAGGAUGGGGAUUAGAAGAUGUUAAAUUUUUAGAAAAAAUUCUUACGGCAAGCCAUCAAAUCCAGAAUCAAUAUUUGUUGUCCAUAGCCGAAGGCAAUGAAUUUAAAAACAUAUCAAAUUUUAAUUUAAAUAUAUUUCGAUCGCCUGAUCCAUCACUCAUACAUAUCUUCCAUCAUAUAACGUGUGAUAAAAAUUUAGAAAAGAAUCAGUAUAAAAUGUGCCUUGGCACUAAAUCCAAUACACUUGGCAAUUUUCGAUUACUGAAAGAGAAAUAUUUUAUUAAAAAUAAUUUUAUGGGAUUUGUGGGUCGAGUGAAGGAAGUUAUUGCCAAUUAGGAGAUAUGAAAAUUGUCAUUUUUCACUGUCAAUUUUGGGUCCAAUUUUAGAAUUAUGUCCAAUUGUAUCUCAUACUUAUGAAUUACCUAUCUACCUUAUGCGAAUAGUUUCUUAGAAAUUUACUGACGUCUCCACAAUUGCCAAUGCUCUACGUUAUUAUUUUUAAUUUAAAAUUAUUCUACUUAUUUAAGUCAUUAGAUAGACAAUAAAAUUAAAUAAAUAAAUGUAAUUUGGGACUAUGAACUUUCAAUAUUAAGUUAAUUCUAAAAAAAAGGUAGCCUGUUAAUUUGAAAACUACAAUCUAUUUGAAAAUGUGCCUUAUAAUUUUUUUGAUGAGUUUUCUGUUUUGUAUGAAAAAAUUUAAAGUUUUAGACAAAUAAAAAAAUGUUAAAUUUAAGUUUUUUGGUUCUUAUAAAAAGUUCAAUGAAAUACUCGAAAAAAAUUAUAGUAGCAAAUUUUUUGGAAUCAAUAAAUAAGCAAAUUGAAUGAGUAAUUAAAAACUUCCAAAAAAAAUAUGUUUGAAUUAUUUUAAAUUUGCAGUUUUGUUCAGAUUUAAGCAACAGAUGACAGCAAGUCUACCUUAGAACCUACCAGGUUAUAUCAACUUCAAUCCCAAAACUCUUCUAGGAAGUAAAUUUAAAUUCCUCGCUACAAUAACUCGUCACAUCCUAUUACGCAAUUUUCGUUGAUUUUAAUGAAUAUUCACAAUCUAAUUUUUUUCUUCAUUUCAUUCAACAAAUUAUUUAAUUCAACAAAAAUUUU